AUGUUUGAAGUUUAUUCAGUUUACAUUGCUGACAAAAGGAUAUAUUUGAGUAGAACGAGUUACCUGUUGUUGAGACGGACUUUAAAAGGUAUCUGGAUAUUGGAGGUAGUGGGUAAUGGACAUCAGGCCAUUAGUCAGUUUGAGGAAAAGGCAGCCGAAUGGAAGCUGGAUGAACCAAAUUGGACUGGGCGAAUGAGGUUGGUUGCUGUAGGCAAACGACUAGAGCUUCGUUUAGAAGAUAAAACCACUGGGCAGUUGUUUGCAAACUGUCCUAUUGAUGAGUAUCCCGGAAUUUGUAUAGAACCGGUUAUUGAUUCCUCUCGUUACUUUGUCAUCCGAUUGAGGAAUGAUAAUGGUCAAACCGCUUUCAUUGGGAUGGGAUUCAGCGAUCGAGGAGAUUCAUUUGAUCUGAAUGUUGCGUUACAGGAUCAUUUCAAGUACGUAGAAAAAGCGAAUAGGUCAGAGAAGGAAGAAGAAGUUAUGAAUGAAGCUCCCAGAUUAGAUCUAGGCUUCAAAGAAGGACAAACGAUUACGAUAAAUAUUGGUAAAAAAAAGGCUGGAUCAUCAACACCGAGGCCCAAGCCAGCGUCACGGUUACCUAAUGAUGGGAACAUUCGUCUUCCUCCUCCACCACCAUCGAGUAGUUCAGUAAUUACUUCGAGGUCUCGUCCUCAGCCUACUUCUUCGAUUACGACGACUGGCUCUACGCCGUCAACUAAUUUAUUGCUUCCGAUGGUUGUUGCAUCUGUGACUGCAGUCGCUCGUUUGAAGAAGGAUUAUACAAAAUUGCUAAGGGACCCAGUGCCUUACAUUGAGGCAAGUCCCCUUCACUCAAACAUCCUUGAAUGGCAUUACGUAAUCAGAGGUGCACCAUCAACACCCUAUGAAGGGGGAUUUUACCACGGAAAAUUAAUUUUUCCUUCUGACUUUCCAUUUAAGCCACCAGCAAUUUACAUGAUAACUCCGUCUGGUCGUUUUCAAACAAACACACGUCUAUGUUUAUCUAUUUCGGACUUUCAUCCAGACACAUGGAAUCCUGCUUGGACUGUUUCGACAAUCUUAACUGGAUUACUUUCUUUUAUGAAUGAAAGUGCGCCCACUUUGGGAAGUGUUACAUCAACCGAGACUGAAAAAAAAAAUUUCGCUAAGAAGUCUGGAGAAUUCAACCUCAGGGAUCGAGUGUUCUGUGAUCUUUUCGAGAAUAUUGCAAAUGAGAUCCGAACGAAGAUGGCAAUGGAGCAGAUGGAAUCUCUAGACGAAGUUGCGUCGAGGAAUGAGGAAAGCAGUAGGUGCGUUAGUAAAAUUAAAUUUUAUAUAAUUUUCCGCUAUAUUCAUAAUUUUUUUGAUUUCAAGCAGAGUAACGGAGAUGGGGAUUAUUCGGCCUUAACCUAUAAUUUAUUUUUUAUUGCUGGAUUUGUGUUGAUAGCUAUAGUUGUCCGGAAUGGCGUGAUCACAUAUCUUUUAUGUGCGUGCACAGUGACAGUUGUUUGUACUGUCUUCUUCGUAUUGUCAUGUAAUUGUGACGCGGGAUGUAACCGUCUCAGCAGUGGGGCGCUACAUGCAAUUAAAGAUACUUCAGCGGACAGAAUGCAGUUGCCCUCUACGUAUCUAGUAGUUUUAAUUAUGAGCCAUGCAAAGGAUAGCGUUGUGAGAACUAUUAUUAGAGAUACUUGGUUAAAGCUUUCCUUGAAAGGUCCGUAUAGUGUGCGACAUGCGUUUUCUAUAGGUACUUCAAACCUCUCCCUUUCUGCGCUACAACACUUAGAGGAAGAGCAGCAGUUGUACGGGGACUUAUUACUGCUAGAUAGACUAGUUGACAGUUACGCAAAUCUGACACGUAAAACGCUGUGGUCUAUUGAUGCCAUAUGCAAGACAUAUAAUUUUGAUUUUUUGCUUAAAGUCGACUCGGAUUCAUUUGUGGUCCUUGGGGAGUUUUUGCGAAAUUUACGAACUAUAGAACAUCCUCGUUUGUACUGGGGCUUUCUGGAUGGCAGAGCAAGGCCCCGCAGGAAGGGUCAGUGGGCGGAAAAAGAUUGGGUGCUUUGUGACAGGUAUUUGCCGUACCAAUUAGGCGGUGGCUAUGUGAUUUCCUAUUCUUUGGCAGAUUUCAUUUCAAGAAAUAAGCACUUGUUGAAACUGUACAGAAACGAGGAUGUUUCUGUUGGUGCGUGGCUCAGUGGUUUGAACGUGAAGUAUGUCCAUGAUCCUCGUUUUGAUACCGAGUUUAGGUCGCGCGGCUGUAAUAACGAAUAUCUUAUUACACAUAAACAGCCACCAGAGGCUAUGGAGGUAUUAAACAACUACGGUAUGACGACUAGUUCGUACCCAAACGAAAAUUUUUUGGUGAUCUCAAAUGGGACGACACAGGGUGAGGUUGUAUUGUUCCAAUUUAUUGGGCCUGCUUCAGUGUUGUUACGGAAUAUAGCAGUCCCAUGGAUUUUCCUGGGGAAUCGUUUUGCAACCAACAAUGGAUUUUGGUUCAAAUUUGCUUUGGAUUAUUUUUUUGUGGUUCUUCCAAUAGCUUUGACCCUAACGCUAUUAUCGUCAUUCAUUGCUCUAGUUCUGACCUUGGAGAUUAUUGCAGUUAUAUCGCUUGUAAUUUUUUUGCUUUGCGAAUAUAUGCUGAUAGCUCGUGAGAAGCCACCAUUCAGAGCUGUAGUCAACGAAGUAAUAGAUGAAAAUCAUUCGCCUACGAUAUUCAUCACGUAUGUGAGAUCUGUAGUUUUGAUCACGACUUGUAUUGCAAUAUUAGCUGUCGAUUUUCCUGCGUUUCCCCGUCGCUUUGCAAAAACAGCAAAUUAUGGUAGAAGCAUAAUGGACGUUGGAGUUGCAUCUUUUAUUUUUUGUCAAGCUUUAGUGGACGCUUGCAAAGCACACUCAGCUCUUGUGAUUAAUGCACAUUCAAAGAUGAGAUCUGUUAAGUUCCAUUUCUUUCGCUCAUCAACUUUUAUAUUGUGCUCAAUAGGAGUUUCACGUAUGUUGCUCCUGUAUCUUAUUGAUUAUCCGCACGAAAUAUCCGAAUAUGGUGUACACUGGAAUUUUUUCUUUACCUUGGCUUCCGUGCAGAUGGUAAGGAGGAUACUGGGAAAGCGAUUUUACCUUUUGUAUGGAAUAAUGAUUGGUGUUGGUUAUCAGUUUCUACUGUCUGAAUAUAAGCUUGAGGAUUGGCUAAUAUCCGAGACAACUCCGAGAGAUAAUUUUUUGUCAGCCAACCGUGAGGGACUUUUUUCAGUAUUUGGUUACUGCUCAUUAUAUUAUCUUUCGUCAACAAUAGCACAAUAUGUGUUCAAAGCAGGUAUUAGACUGAAAUCAUGGUUUUAUCGUACCGUUCAGUUGCUCAUUCUUGUUGCACUUCUUUAUCUUCUUCAACUGUACCUUGAAUCAUUAUAUGGUUUACCGUCUCGCAGAAUAGUAAAUCUCCCAUAUAUUAUUGAAAUGCUUAUUUUCCACACGUUAUUUUUGAGCGGCUUCCUACUUGUUCAAUUGGCUUCACUGUUUGGCUGGGCGGCGCAGAUGCCUCAGUUUUCUGCAGACGAAAGUCCGUUUGAAAGUUCAAAACCAUGUCUGAUGGAAUCUGUCAACGGUAAUGCGUUAUUUUUCUUUCUACUCGCAAAUAUUUUUACGGGUUUGGUGAAUUUGGUUUUGCCUACAUCAGAAAUUUCUAAUGACAUCCAGUCGACUACUAUUAUUCUUCUGUAUAUUUUUGUCACAACAGCCAUAAUUCAUGGAUAUUCAAGGUGGCGCAUGCGUAAGUGA